UUCCAUUGUGAAAUAUACUUUACCUUUAUAAUGAAAUUAAUUCAACUUGGAUUAUAAUCAUGAAAUCAAUAAUGAUGGUAUAUACAUUUAUCCUUCUUAUAUCGCUUGUCAUUGUAUCAGGGACAGUCCCUGAAAAAUGUGAUAAUAGUAGGAUUAUGAAUUGUAUGAAGAAAUUCAAUUUCCAAGAAAUCGUAGAAAUGAUGAAAUCACAAGAAAUGGAGACGUUGAAUACUGAACACACAUUAGAUAAAUUCUGUAGUUUCCACAAGAAAUUAGGCGACUGUGUGAAGGACAUCAAGAAUAACUGUAAAUCACCAAGCACUCUCACUAUAGAUACAACCGUCAAUGCUGGAAGGUUCUUAUGUUCUGAGGGAAAGCAAGUUAAGAUAUUCUUCAAACCUUUUUUUAAAGAGCAAAACUGUGAGGCCUUAACGGAAAGAUAA